UCCCGGCAUCGUGUAAAAGAUAAGACAAGGCAAGCAGGAUAGCGGUUCGAUGGUUCGGUUCUCGCUCGGUCUACAAAUCAGUUACUGCAGUUAUGUUUACGUAGAACUUAAGAGAAGUCGAACGAGACGCCAGUUUGAUGCUGGUACCACUUUUACGAAUUGAGUUGCGGAGUGACAUGUCAUAUUAUCAUCUCUAAGGUUGUUCACCAAGGUCGUUCGUUAAUCUUUCAGUUUUCGGCUUACGAGGUGGUUUUUUCUUCAUGUUACCGAUUUCGGAAUAGUGGACUCGCCCUUAGCUGACUAGCUGCGAAAAUCGGGGUACUUUUGGUGAAAUUCGCUCGUUUAGAAACAGAUUUUUCGGACGGUGGAAAGUUGUAAAACGCUUUACCGCCUUGUUGUUGCGAUGUUCGAUGACCUCUUAUCCUAAGAUGUUUACAAUGCCUGUUUGAUAGUUGGAGCUCUUGGUCCGAAUGGAAGCCAUGCUACCACAGAAUAUCUUCUGAAAGCGACAAUGAUCAAUGUGUUUGCCAAACUCGUCAUUGCAAUAAUCCGGCUCCAGCCAACGAUGGUCAACCAUGCGGAGGGUCAUCAGUAGCGGUGGUCAACUGCACUGUUCAUGGAGGAUGGUCGGAUUGGUCUGCCUGGUCAGCUUGCUCAGCAACUUGCGGCACCGCCGUGAAGACCAGGUUUCGGACCUGCACUAAUCCAGCCCCAGCCUUUGGCGGAAGGGUUUGCGUAGGACAAGAUCGUACUGAAGCGUUUUGCACGGAAAAUCCGCCUUGUCCCACCCAGCCUACUCAUGGAGGCUGGUCUGGUUGGUCGCAUUGGUCGGCCUGUUCAACCAAUUGCACAGGAUACAAAACACGCGACAGAAAAUGUGACAACCCUACUCCGAAAAAUGGAGGAGAAUACUGCAAAGGAAAUGACCUGGACUAUGCACCGUGCAAUGAGGCUGCGUGCAAAGACCACAAACAGUUGCAUGUGACUGAAUGGAUCACAGACGCAAAUAUAUCGAUUCGUCACUACCAUCAAAAACGAUUCAAAAUCACUUGCAAAGCGCCAGUGAAGCAUCCUCAACAGAUAAAGGUCAUUGUUAAAGACGAGAGUCAAGUGUGUUAUCAUAACAAGUGCGAACCAGAGGAGGGCGACCAUAAUGGCUGGAGUUCUUGGAGUAGUUGGAGCGAAUGCUCAGCAAUCUGUGAUGGGGGAACCCAAACUAGAACUCGCCAAUGCUACAAAGGAAAUUGUUUAGGUUCAACAACGCAAACAAAGGAGUGCAAUAAACAUAGUUGUGAGAAUAAUUGGAGUUGCUGGACUGAAUGGUCACCAUGCAAUGCGUCUUGCGGCUGGGGGGUUAAAACCAGAUACAGGGAAUGUUUGGACCAAAAAUGUAAAGGAGCCGAUUCGGAAAAGGAAGCUUGCCACGAUCAGCCUUGUGAAAAUAUCUUGGGAUGGGGAAAUUGGACAGAAUGGUCCAUAUGUGAUGAAAAUGAUUUACAAUACCGAAGAAGAACUUGCUACACAGACAAUCCAGGACCUCACAUGUGCCAAGGCAAUGUCGUUCAAGAAAGAAUGUGUGUAGGCAGCGCGCUAACUAAUGAAAUAAAUGACUAUGGAUUUCCGAUUUCGGACUGCUCCUGUAUAAAAUCAAACUUCAGCUGGUUCUUCCUUGGUAUAAUCUGUGGCUUAGUUCCUCCAAUAAUUUACCUAAUUCUCAAUACGAUAAAAAAGAAAGAUCGGCGGGUUCCCAGCACACCAAAUUAUAUGCCAGCCUCACUAAACAGUUAUGUGUCUGUGCCAGUGAAAGACAAAAAACAUGCAUUAAAAAAGCAGCAUAGUUACACUGGAAAUGGAACACUUAAAAAUGAAAUAUCUACUUUAAAAAGGCAUAGCAAUGAAAUGAAAAAUUUACAUGCAAAGCCAUACUAUAUGAGUACCAGUAAUAAUGACUUAUACAAUUAAGGUUUCGACUGAUUAUUUUAGGAAAUUAUUUAUUAAAUUCUCGAAUCUCUCCUACUAAUGUACGUCUUCCAAAAUGCUGUCAUUCGUUCUACUUUAUAAAAAUUGUAAUUUUUUAUAUCAAUCAUUAAUACAGGCCUUAGUACCAGUGAAACUACACAUGCCACUUAAGUGAAGACGCAUAUUUGUGACAUAUUUGCAUUUUAGUGUUAAAUUAUAUUUAGUGUAUAAAUUUGUGAUAUAGUGGUAUUUGUUUUUACAGAUGUAUAAUUUUAAUUAAUGUAACAAAGUACCUGCUUGUUAACACUAGUAUAAGAAAAUAGCCAUUCGGACACUUUACGUUCUAGUACUGUGUUUUUUUAUUACACUUGCUCAUAUUGAGACAAGUAU